UUAUUAAGACGAAUUAAUAUUUUGCAAAACAGAUAGUCCUGAGAUUAGAUUUAAUCUCAUGUCGUCAUUUUAUAUAAAGAGAACCAUUGCAGAAUUUAUGUAGACAACGGUGAAUUUUAUAAUCAUGAGGUUGAUAUUUCUGAUCGCUCUUAGUUUUACUGCCUACGUGGCAGCAGUGCCAAUGCUACAAGAGGAAAAGUCGUAUCCUCGAUUCAUUGAAUUCCCCGAUGGAGACGGUGUAAUGCACACAGUGGAUCUAGAAGCUGAACCCGACUGGGGACUUCUAGAAGAGAUUAACAGAAACCCAGAUAACAACCGUUAUCUUCUUUAUACCAGACGGAAUCCCAAAAACGCGCAAACAUUAGUUAUUAACAAUGCCAAUUCAGUUACGUCAUCUAACUUCAAUGGACGGUUACCCACCGUUGUCGUCGUCCACGGUUGGCUGAGCAACCAAAAAUCUAGCUUAAAUGAUGUAAUUCGUGAUGCUUACUUAGCAAAAAGUGACGUUAACGUAAUCAUCAUGGAGUGGAGAAAACUAGCAACUUCAGACUACGCUACCGCAGUGAAGGGAGUGCCUGCAGUGGGCCGUGGGCUGGGACAGUUCCUGGCUUUCCUCAACCGUGAGACAGGAGCACCUUAUAACACCAUGCACUUAAUUGGAUUCAGUUUAGGAGGACAUGUUGUCGGAAACGCUGGCAGGGAAAUUGGAGGAAGAGCAGCUCGUGUUACUGGAUUGGACCCAGCUGGACCUUUGUGGAGUAACAACUCAAACCGCCUAAGAGCUAGUGACGCUGUUUAUGUCGAGGGUAUACACACAGAUGGAGGUACCGCAGGACUGGGUAUCGGAGCUGCAUGUGGUAAUGCCGAUUUCUUCCCCAACGGUGGAAAAUCACAACCAGGAUGUGGGACUGGUAUUUGUGAUCACAAUCGUUCUUGGGAACUGUUCGCUGCAACUGUCACCUACAACCAUCUAGUCGGUCAGCGAUGCUCCAACAUGGAUCAAGUCAACUCUAAUUCAUGCACUGGUUCAAAAUUGAAUAUGGGCAACGAUAUUUUAACGAAAUCUGGAUCUGGCCUCUAUCGUCUCAGUACCGGCAGAAAACAUCCAUUCUAAUUGCAUAUUAUAACUACGACUGAUAAAUAAAGG